GCCAUGUGGUUAUGUUGUUGAACUGGCUCUAUAUGAUUUCCAAAUUCCCCUAAAUUCAUGGGAAUGUGGCAAUCACUAAUUAAUACACUAGACAGUUCCUAGAAUAGUACAUGACUGUAGUCUUUGCAAAGCAGAACAGCAGUGAAUCAGAAAAGAGCUAGUGCAGCAUCAAUUUACAAUAUGCUGCCUAGAAAUAUUCUCAGCUGGUUAGUGCUGCUCUUGUCCCUAGCUACUGUUACCAGGAGUGAGCACUAUCACAUUGUGCCAGUGGAUUCAAUUGAUUUGUGUCAUGAUUAUCGAAAUGGAACUUGUUUUACUCUCGAGCAGCUUGUUCAAACAGACAUGUUAUCUGGUGGAGACAAUCUCACCUUGAGCUUUCUACCUGGAGAUCAUGUGUUAACUGAGCAGCUAUUGAUUCAUAACUUCUCACAUGUGCAUAUUACCGGCCGGAACACAAGUACAACUGUAGUCAGAUUUCAUAGCAAUGGUGAGAUACGUUUUGUUAGUACUACUGAAUUAUAUAUUGAACGCUUGGGUUUUGUUGGAGUGAAGGUUGGGCCGCCACAAGACUCAUAUCAAGGUUGGAUCAUUGAUGGUGCCCACGAUGUCUAUAUCAAUGACUGUUACUUUAUAAACUUUGAAUUACUCAAUCCGGCAGAGACCCUACCAGUAGUGAAGAUUACUAAUACUCACGCUGCAACAAUUGAGAGCACUCUCUUUAUGAACAACACUGGUCAGGCACUGCAAGUUGAGGCUGAUGAUGUGUACAUAACAAAUAGCGAGUUCACUAGAAACGAUGGAGGUGCAGUUUACAUUGAAUCAAACAACAAGAUUUCUAGUACUCAAACUGCAAAAAUUGAGAGCACUCUCUUUAUGAACAACACUGGUCGGGCACUGCAAGUUGAAGCUGAUGAUGUGUACAUAACAAAUAGCAAGUUCACUAGAAAUGAUGGAGGUGCAGUUUACAUUGAAUCAAACAACACACUGUUAAAAAACACAGAGUUCAACUGUAAUAAUAACAACGGAGGAGCAGUAAAAGUGGUAUCUGGUACUGUAGUGAUCACUUGGUGUAAUUUCACAAAUAACGAUGGAGGAGCAAUUUUCGUUGACUUUGGCAGUAAUGUGAUCAUCUCAGCCAGUAGGCUGACAAACAAUACAGCUGUCUAUGGUGGAGCGAUUUGUGUUUACUCAGGCAGUGUGUAUAUCUCAAACAGCACACUGAUAAACAACAGUGCUAGUAGUGGUGGAGCAAUUUAUUCCUCAGGCAGUGUGUCCAUCUUAAACAGCAUACUGACAAAUAACAAAGCUGAAAUGGAUGGUGGAGCCAUUACAUUUUCUACAGAUAUUGUGUCAGGGGGAAGCAAUGUGUCCAUCUCCGACAGUGAGCUGACAUACAACAGAGCUACCCGUGAUGGUGGAGCAAUUUAUGUUUGGUUAAGUAGUAAUGUGAUCAUCUCAGACAGUACGCUGACAAACAACAGAGCUAAUAAUACAAUUUACGUAAUGCAAACAGCCUCCUUGACCAUCAACAACACUAACAUUACUAAUAACAAUGUCACGAGAAGUUUAAGCAUUUUGAAGUCUAAUGUGAAAUUCACUGGAUUAAAUAUUGUCAGCAAUAACAAUGGCCCUGUCUAUGCUUUCAGUAGUCGAGUUGAGUUUAAUGGCCCUACAACACUUAGUAACAAUUGUGGUGUGUUUGGUGGAGCUCUUAGCAUUAUCCAGAGUCAAAUGUACAUUAACAUGGAAGGAGUGAUCAUCACCAACAACACAGCUACUUACGGAGGAGGGAUAUUUCUGAGAGAGAGUACACUCUUUGUAAAUGAGUCACUAAAGAUCUAUCACAACACAGCACAGGAUGGUGGAGGAAUUUAUGCCUUUUCAAGUAUAAUUGAAUUUCAAUCUGUGCUGGUUCCAGAUGGCGAGCUACUUCCUCCACAAAGUGAGAUUAAUGGCAACAUUGCUGAUAAUGGUGGAGGUAUUUAUGCAGUAUCUACAACCAUUAAACUUACUCGAUCACACGUGAACAUCAACUCAAACACAGCAAAUGCUAAAGGCGGUGGAGUGUAUCUACAACAAAAUUCGAAAUUGUACGUAUUUAAAGAACACCUUGAGUCUCUGUCCGAUGUUCAAUGGUAUUAUGUCAAGUUAAUGAUUAACAAGAAUUCGGCUCAGCACGGAGGAGGGAUAUUUGUGGCAGAUGACACUGACACCUGCAGAGUAGGGGACACACCUACUCGCACCAUUUUUGCUGACUGCUUUUUUCAAACAAUUAAUUCGUAUGUAUCAGGCAAGAACUUGGAUCGAAACUAUUUCAAUACAUUCAUAAACAAUAUAGCUACCCAGUCAGGAGCAGACAUCUACGGAGGUCUGUUGGACAGGUGUACAGCAAGUCAAAAUGCUGAAUAUGACAAUUCUAUAAAUGCAUUGGACUACAUAAAGAACACCAUAAAGUCCUCCACCGAACUAUCAAUCUCCUCUAGGCCUGUUCAAGUACGUUUUUGCAGUGAUGACUACAUUUCUACAAGAAAGGGACGAACGUUUAAAAUCAGUGUUAUGGCUGUUGACCAAGUUGGAAAUCCAAUGAAUGCCACAAUUCACAGUUCUGUUGUCAGUAAGAGUAGACACGAUCGCUUCAAAGCAGGACAGGCAGAACAUGAAGUGGGCCGUCAGUGCACAGAAUUAGAGUACACCGUAUUCUCACAAGACAACUCCGCUCAGGUGGAACUCUAUGCCGAGGGUCCAUGCAACAAUUUGGGAAUUUCAAGAAAACUCAUCAAUAUUUCUUUUCAACUCUGCACAUGCCCUAGUGGACUUAAGCCAAUUCAGUCCGAUAUUGAGUGCAAGUGUGACUGUGAUCCAGACUUGCAACAAUAUCAGAUAACUGAUUGUUUUGAGGAAAAUGAUACCAUACAGCUGGAAAGAAACAACAAAUGGAUAAAUACCACCAACGAAACAGGGUAUGUUGUUAGUAACUGUGUAUUUGACUAUUGUGUAGAAAAACCAAUCAACAUCAGUCUAAACAGCCCUGAUGAACAGUGUGCCCACAGUCGAAGUGGCGUCUUGUGUGGAGAAUGUGAACCAGGACUCAGUCUUGUGUUGGCUACGUCAAGAUGUAAAGAAUGCUCUGAUCUUUACCUUCUUCUACUAAUACCAUUUGCGCUGGCUGGUAUAUUGCUAGUUGUUUUAAUUGUUUUGCUCAAUAUGACUAUAGCAACUGGAAAGAUUCAUGGCCUCAUUUUCUAUGCCAACAUACUAGCAGCUAAUAGAUCAAUUGUCUUACCAAAUACAAAUAACAAAUUUUUAACCGUUUUUGUAUCAUGGGUGAAUCUUGACUUGGGUAUCGAGACAUGCUUUUACGAUGGAAUGAACUCUCAAGGAAAAGUACUCCUUCAACUUGUCUUCCCAGCUUACUUGUUUCUUCUAAUGUUUCUUAUUAUCAUUUUGAGCAAGUACUUUAACCUAUUUGCAAAUCUCCUCUCCUGGAACAAGAACCCAGUUGCUGCCCUGAGCACACUCGUCCUACUCUCUUAUUCCAAACUUUUACGGUUUAUUAUUGCUGCACUACAAAACAGGGUUUUGGAUUAUCCUGACAGUUCAACCAAGACUGUUUGGUUGUACGAUGGCAAUGUGCAAUACUUAACUACCGAACAACACAUUCCUCAAUUUGUUGCUGCUAUUGUAAUCCUCACAGCUGGUGUAUUGUUCACUCUACUGCUCUUUUUAGGACAAUGGUUUCCUCGCUGUUCAAAGGUUAUGAUAUGGACCAAGAACACAAAGUACAUUGGCUUCAUGGACACAUACCAUGCUCCAUUCACUCCCAAGCAUCGCUACUGGGUGGGACUGCUCCUCUUUGCUCUGAUUAUCCACAAUCUAGUAGUUGCCGUGGCUCCAGACGCUUUUCUUCCCGUGCUAUCAUCUGGGGUUCUAUCAGUUGGACUGAUUUUCUGGAAACUAUUGAAUAAUCGUUUGUACAAAAGUAAGUUCUGUGAUUACCUCGAAAGUCUCUAUCUACUCAAUGUUGCUAUUCUUGCAUUUGGCACUUCUUAUGUCAAAGAUACAAAGAAAGAUCUGUCAGCACUAGCCAACACCUCAAUAGCGUUAUCUUUCAUUUUAUUUGUGAUAACAUUCUGCUACCAUUUUUACCAAUUCGUACUCAAGAGGAGCACUGCAUGGCUGAAGAUAGAGGACAUCCUAAGGAAUUUUGGAGCUGGUGUUGCAGACAGACGCGCUAACAAUAAUCAAAAUUUGUAUCAUCCGAUAGUCAAUGAAAAUGAUGGCGAAGACGAUUAUGAACAAAGAGACCCAGUGGACCCACCUUACACAGAUGGAGCAGUGGAAGAAGCUGACCCUGAUCGCUACAUCACUCCUCCCAUCAUCAGACCAGCCACGAGGCCGGACCAGCUGAGACUACCCUACUUAGAUGAACUGUCCCCCCUCAUCACAGAGGACUACAGACCAGUCCCUCCCCCUACAAGAGUCAAUCGUCGUCCUGUUGUUACGCACACAGAAAUCGGCCCCAUACGCAAUGAAGUGUGAACUGUACGUACGUCUUACUUAGCUUUGUAUGGUAUACCCUAAACUUGUUUAUAAAAUUGCAUGUCGUUUUCCUUGUUUUAUGUUAAACUUUCAUUAGACAUUUUAGUCAUAGGAUUGUGUCCAGGACCUUUCAUUUCUAUUAUGCGUAUUAGUUCUCAGAGACAUUCAA